CAGAGAGCAUUUAUAAAUUGUGAGAAUGUUCUAUCGCGACGACGUGGAGGAAACGAGCAAGGAGACGAGCCUCCAGCGCCCGCACUCGUAAUCAUAAGAAAUGCGCCUCUACAACGGUUACAGGGAUACGAGAGAUACAACGCAUCGACUCCACGAGCUCGCAUCUGAAUUUGAUUACAGAAUAUACUUAGACAUGACACUAAUUUUGAUCGCUCACUGGCUGGUAAUUAUAGUGGGGAUAUUCUGUACUCAGUUUGCAAUCGUUUAUCCGUCUCCCAAUCAAUACAAUAAAAAUCACUAUCAAAUACCGCAGUAUGAGCUUAAAAAUUUGAGAGAUAAAGAUGCUCCACUUAAAAAUUCAUUGACAAGUGAUCUAAUUAUUAGAAAGCAAAUGACUGAAAGACAGCCUCCUUUACAAGCUACUAUCAAUAAAGAAUGUACUGUUGAAGAAAGAAGAAAAAAAUGACGAAAACAUAGUAUCGGCGA